CGACUGAAAGAGAGUAUACCGACGUGUCUCUCACGAGAAGAGAAGAAUUACAACGCAAGAGGAUUCUAGUCAAGACAAAAAAAAUUGAUAUGAUUUGAAAUAUCAGUGUGACGGAAGAAAAAAUCUAAAUAUGAAUAGAUCGCGUGUGUGAUCUUAUACGAGAAGAUAAAAUAUCAUCUUCUCUUUUUUAGUUUGACAUUAAAGUCCACGUGGGGCCUAACCAGCCCGGUAUUAUUAUAAUUAUUAUUAUUAUUAAUAAUACUUGUCAUUAUUAUUCUUUAUUUCAUUAUUUCUCAAUAAGAAGAAGGUGGUUCCAUUCUUUGAGAUAUAUCAUCACUUUUAUGAAAUCCAAGGAUCAACGCAGGAUGUUUUAUCGGACGUUCUACUACCUUUAGGAAAUUUCUUGAUAUUAUUUCGAAGAAAAGAAAAACAAAAAAAUACAAGAAGUAGAAGAUAAUCUUUUAUAUAAGAGAAGGAAAAAGAGUGAACGAGUGUGCUGGAUAGUGUGCUGUUGUUUUGCUAUAUAAGAGUGAUCAUCUAUCUUCCCUCUCUGUUUUGUCUAUCUGUUUCUUUCUUUCUUUCUUUCUUUAUUUUUCCUACAUAUUACAUCUAUUUAUCCUUCUUGCUCUUCUUAACUUUUUCUUUUUCCUUUUUUUUUUUUUUUUAUUAUCUUUAAACAUCUUUUGAUGACUCUCUUUCCUCGAUAAAACUGACUUGGUGAUAAACUACGAGGAAUCCCACGUGGAUUCCCCACCACUUUUACUGGAUUCUCUCGUGCGUGUUUGAGAUUAAGGAACAACUUUAAAAUAAACUAACAAGAAGGAAGAAACAAGAAGAAGAAGUAUCGUGAAGAAGAAUUUUUUAAGGAGAUGCGAAGGACUACCCUCGGCUUCAAGGUCGUGGAAUGACGGAUAAGGUCACCCCAAACAGUAAAACGAAGCAAGGCCGAGGGUGACAGGAAGCAGUGUGAUGAGUGGAUACCUCGGUAGCAUCACCCUACCCCCGACGUUGCUGCACGACCCUAAGUAUCCUCCAGCCAUGCGAGAGAAGGACUCAAGUCCUCGAAAGAUGCCGGGCCACAUAAGCCCGAAGCAGGCGAGUAUUUAUCCAUUGAGCGUGCGUGUACCAGACGUCGAAGAAUUACCGUACGAUCUCAGUCAUGGACAAGGUCGUGGUUUGUCAAGUCCGACCUUAAACCAGCAACACCAUCAUCAUCAUCAUCAUCAACAACAACAGCAACCUCAUAUGAGUCCAGCUGCUAGACCACCGCAACCUCAUCAACAGGAUGACCUCGAAUGUGAACCACUCGAUUUACGCGUCGAUCAUAAAAAAGAAAGGCUCAGGGAUGAGAAUCAGAACGAGAUCGAAGUACUCAAUCAAAAUAGUCUCGGUGGUGGUUGUAGUAGUAUACCUUAUCACACGGUCCUAUUUCCUCAACAUCACGCAGUACAUCCUUUGGUACUCGAAGCUAUGUACAGAUCGCAUCAUCAUAAUUCAACUGUCACGGAUCUACCGAAAAUUCAAGUAAGAGCAUUGCCAACGAUGGUACCAUUACCGCCCAAUAGAUUUUCCUCAACGACUUCUUCCACUUCCUCGUCUUCUUCAUCACAACCUACCGCUAGAGUACCUAGUCCAAUCGGUACUACUCAACAAAAUCAACCUACCCAACAACAAACUCAUCAAUCUCAAUCUCAACAACAACAACCACCACAACAGCAGCAACAACAACAGCAACAACAACAACAACCAGCGCAACAACAACAAACCGCUAGUUUACCACCCUACUCGAUCACAGUUCAAGCUGGUCUAAAACCUAAAGACAGAUACUCGUGUAAAUUUUGUGGCAAAGUAUUUCCCCGAUCGGCUAAUCUAACGAGACAUCUUCGAACUCAUACGGGUGAACAACCAUACAAAUGUAAAUACUGCGAGAGGAGUUUCAGCAUCUCGAGUAAUCUUCAACGUCACGUUAGGAAUAUUCAUAACAAAGAGAAACCAUUUAAGUGUCCCCUUUGCGAGAGAUGCUUCGGUCAACAGACAAAUUUGGACAGACAUUUGAAGAAACACGACGCAGAUGGUCCUACGAUACUCGACGAGGUCAGAUCGAGGUAUCACGGACAAUUGCCUAGAGCCGACGAUUCCUAUUUUGAAGAGAUACGCAGUUUUAUGGGAAAGAUAACGUCCCAAAGGCAAGGUAUACCAUAUUUUCCGGGUCUUCUUAGUCACACGCAAGACGAUUUCAGAAGCGACAAACAACAGUUGCAAUUGGAGGAAAAAAGAGGUGACUCGUCUUACUUCAGUGAUCGAGACAACUUAAGUUCGAGGUCGAGUAGCACUACGAGUAGACCUGAAAGUGUACAAGAAGAACAAAGGGACGUCAAUUCGCCGCCAUUGUCACCUGGAAAUAAUACUUGAAUCCUCCUUACUUGUCUUCCUCCUCCCCCUUCACCUCCUCCUCCUCCUAUUCCUAAUUUUCCUUCUCGUUCUCGUGACUCCUCUAGAAUAUUUUUUAUAAAGAAAAUAAUAAACUUACGUUCAGGAUACAUAUAUAUAAACAAAUAAUAUUAAACAA